GGGCGCCCGCAGAGUCAGCCAGGCUUGUCUCUUGCUGGCAGUGGACCCAGGGCGGUCACCAUGACUACCAGGGACGGCUGCCUGCUACGUUGUGUCCGGUCUGUCCUGUUGUCCUCUGAUGGACUGAUAGAUGAUGACGUGUUUACUGUUGACAUCUUGUUGUCAUGGUAACAGCAUCCUCACCUGUGCGGGGGCGGGGCCAGGUGAGCCGUCUGACAGGAAGCUGCUGCUUAGCUCCAAACCCAUUAGCAGUAAUUGGAGGAUUAGAGCCUCAGAUGAUCCGCCGCUAAUCAGAUCAGGACGCCAGGCGGCCGCUCACUCCUCCGCUCCGCGCUGGUUCUGCUGCCGGUUCCCAUCAUGACUCACAGCCCUGCGGUCCAGUUCCUGAGCUGCUCCUGGGACGGCUUGCGGCUCUGAGUCUCGUCGUUCUGCGGACCCGUUCAGGACCGGCGCUGUGAACCGACGCCAUGCCGUUCCUGUCGCUCAAGUUCAACCUGCAGAAGCGGGUCAAGCUGGCUCAGGGUCUCUGGAUGCUCUACUGGCUCGCCGUCAUUGUGGGCAUCAUCCUCUUCAGCCUCGGCAUCUUCUUCAAGGUGGAGCUGAGGAAGAGGAGCGAGAUCAUGGACAACAACGAGAGCCACCUGGUGCCCAACCUGCUGAUCCUGGUGGGCCUGCUGUCCUGCGGCCUCAACGCCUUCGGGGGGAAGCUGUGCCACGACUCUCUGGACCCCCAGAAGUUCUCCAGGAUGAAGCCGAUGCUGCGGCCCUACAUGCUGCUGUGCUGCGGCUUCAACGCGCUGCUGCUGCUGCUGCUGCUGCUCUGCUUCCUCAUGCAGUUCGCCGUGUACCUGACGCUGGCCGAGGGCCUGAAGAACGCCAUCCGCUUCUACAAGGACACGGACACGCCGGGACGCUGCUUCAUGAAGCGGACGCUGGACAUGACUCAGAUCGAGUUCCGCUGCUGCGGAAACAACAACUUCAGGGACUGGUUCGAGGUCCAGUGGAUCAGCAGCCGCUACCUGGACAUGAGCAACGACGUGGUCAAAGACCGUGUCCUCAGCAACGUGGAGGGGAAGUACCUGAUGGACAGCGUCCCGUUCAGCUGCUGUAACCCCGGUUCGCCCCGCCCCUGCAUCCAGCAUCACCUGACCAAUAACUCCGCCCACUACGACUACGACCACCGCACCGAGGAGCUGAACAUCUGGAGCCGCGGCUGCCGCCAGGCCGUCUUCUCCUACUACAGCGGCAUCAUGAACAGCAUCGGAGCGCUGCUCAUCUUCUCCAUGGUCCUGGAGGCGGGGGACGUGGCAGGCCUGAAGUACCUGAGCACGGCCCUGGAGACGAUGGCCGACCCGGAGAACCCGGAGUGUGAGAGCGAGGGCUGGCUGCUGGAGAAAGGCUUCAAGGAGACGCUGGCCGACCUUCUGUCCAAGGUCAAGACCUUCGGCCGCGCCAACCAGGUGGAGGAGGGCGGGGCCUCCCCCGACGUCGCCGCCACCUGAAGCCCCGCCCACCGGCAACCUGAGGUCUCCCAUCCCCUUCCCCCACUGCAGCCAUCUGCCCCCCCAGAGCCGGGGGCCGAGAGAGGAGGCGCCGCUUCCCGGACUGACGGACUCUACUGAGCAUGUGCAGAACACACACACACACACACACACACACACACUGAACACACACCCUGCCCUGUGUGUGUUUCCUUCCAGACUGUAACAGAAUGUGAGGUCCAGAUGACCUGAGCCCGACCGGUACCAGCCGGUACCACCCGGCAGCCCUGACUCCUGGCUUCCUGCUGCAGUGUCUCAGUUUGUCCUGCAGGGGGCGCAGCUUUGGAGGAUUCUUGCCAAACAUUUUUUUAACGCCCAGAUUUUAGUUUGUGCGUCGCUGACGGUCGGGUGGGUCGGAACCGGUCGGUACCGGUUGGGUGGGUUGCUAUGGAAACAGAUAGCCAUAGAGCAGGUCACCCUCCUACUCACCUGUGCAGGUAAACACUUCCACAUCUGGAGUUUCUGCUCCAGGUGUUCUGUUAGUGACGUCAGAGUAACAGGAAGUGAUGUCAGAGUAUUUUACUAGCAGAUAGUAGAUGACAAGUUUCAACAAGUGAUGUCACUGGGCAGUACUGACAUCACAUUUUCACAGGAAAUGGGACCUUUCCUGUGAAAGGUCCCAUUUCACAGGAAGUGAUGUCAGAGUGGCGCCGUCCCAGCUGCUGGUCUGCAGCGCCUGGCAGGCGGCGCUCAGGGCGAAGCUUCCUGUAGUCAGACUGAAACUCCUAGAAAUAAACGUCCAGAACCAAUC